AUGUAUAAUCUACAUUAUUCGGUGAAACCUUGUCAAAAUAAACCCCUUCAAUAUAAAUUUGAUAAAAGAUACCAGGAUGCUCAUUUAAAAGCGUUAGCGAAAAUGAAAUCAACAGUGGAUACAACUGCACCAAAAACAUUUCAGAUUAUUCAUUUAAAUUCUAAAAAAGACAGAAUUGAAAAAGAAAAUUUCAAAAGAAUAACCGAAGAAAAUAAUCGUCUUUUGAAGAGAAUGCAUGAAAUUCAGAAACAUGGUACUAUGGGCAAUGAAAAUGAUCAGUGUAUAGAAAAAAGUUUAAAUGAAGAACAGAGACUGAAAGAAGUCAAGCGGGUAACUCAAGAAAAUAAAGAAAUUCUUAAAAGGCUGAAGAAUUCAAAAAACUUAUAUAAUCGAGCGAAUUGGGAACAUGAUUGGGCGAAUACUCUUAAAUACAUGACUAACAUAUCAAAAUUUACUAUGUAUCAUCAAAAAUCAGUUUCAAAAAAGAAAGGUCAAUUAACUGAAGAUAGAAAAUUGCAGGAAAAAAAUAAUGAAUAA